AUGAAUUCAGUUUAGCAUGAUACGAUCAAAGCAAAUUUGGAUUACGAUGAACAGACAAUCAAAGAGUUGAAAAGUCAUUUUAAUGCAAUUAUUGAUGUUGAGAGGAAAAGAUAUAAUGUGUACAAUGAAUUGUGUAAAACUCUAGAAUAAAUGUAAAAAGAGAGAGAAAAGAUUUUCAAACUAAAAGAAAUAUAUAUGGAACUUGGUAAAGCUUUUUUUAAUGUUAUUUAAAAAUUAAAAAAGGAUGAUGAUCCAUCUGAUUUCGGUUUCUUAAAAUUAUUAGAAAAAAGAAUAAUACCAAGUUUAAAUGGACAUUUGGAAUAAAUUAAAUAAGUUAGACAGAAUCUUUAAUAAUACAUUUUAAAAAAUACAUUAGAAUUAGAGUGGAAUGAGAAAAGAGCAAUUGCUAAAUCUAAAAAUGAUGAAAAAUUAUCAAAAAUAGAAAGAACUCAUGAUGAAGCAAAAAGAGAUAAAUAUUAUGCAUCAUAAACGUUGUCUCAAAAUUAUUAAACUUAUGUAAAUGAUAAAAAUUAAGAAAUGAAGUCUAUGUUUAAGCAUUUUUUAAAUGGAUUAUUGGAUAUCAGUGCAACUGGAUUAACUGAAUAUGCUAAUGUGGCUUAGAAAAUUCAUUAUACAUCUGAAAAAAAAGAGACAGAAGAAUUUAUUGCAAAAAUGUUGGGUAAUUAGAAACAAAAAAGAUGA